AUGGCCAUCCCCCACUCGGACAAGAACGAAAUCGAGCACGUCGAAGCCAUGGCCGCCACGCCAUCUCACGAUGAAAUCAAACCUGACCCCGACUACGACUUCUCUCCGGACGAGGAAAAGAAGCUCGUGCGCAAGAUCGACAUGUUCCUGCUCCCGACCAUCUGGCUCAUGUACCUCCUAUCCUACAUGGAUCGGACCAACAUCGGAAAUGCCAAGAUAGCCGGCAUGAUGGACGACCUGCGCCUCACCUCCGACGAAUAUUCCGUCUCCCUCAUAGUAUUCUUCGUGUCCUACGUCGUCUUCGAGGUGCCCUCCAACCUGAUCCUCUCCCGCACCCGACCCUCCAUCUUCCUGCCGACUAUAAUGUUCCUGUGGGGCGGCAUCACCUGCUGCAUGGCCGCCGUGCACAACUACCACCAACUGGUGGCUUUGCGCUUCGUGGUCGGCAUCUUCGAAGCCGGCUUCGCUCCCGGCAUCUUGCUCAUCCUGUCCUCGUGGUACAAGAAGAACGAGCAAUCGAAGCGGUUCGGCGUCUACAUCUCAGCAGCCGUCCUAUCCGGUGCAUUUGGCGGAAUACUCGCCGGCGCCAUCACCGGUGGGCUCCACGGCGCCCACGGCAUCGCCGGCUGGAGGUGGCUCUUCAUUGUCGAGGGGGUAGCGACAUGCGGCUGGUCCGUCGUAUCCGCCUUCCUCCUGCUCGACUUCCCCGCCACGAGCAGGAAACUCUCGGCCCGCCAACGUGCUCUCGCCGUGCACCGGCUGACGUCGGACAACGCCGCCGCAGCAACAGAGGAUGAAGUCCACCUCAGCCCGAUGCAAGCCAUCGCCGAGUCCGUCCGCAACUGGCGUACCUGGCUGAUGGUCGUCGGCUACAUGGUCAUCGUCGGCUCCUCCACCCUCUCCUACUUCUACCCCACCCUCGUCAAAGGUCUCGGCUACACCUCUCAGAUGGCCCAAUACAUGGUCGUACCCAUCUACGCCGCCUCCUUCCUCGCCGUGAUCCUCUCCUCCAUCCUCCUCGACGCGCACCCCACACAGCGCGGCCUCGCCAUCUCGCUCUGGCUGCUCCUCUCCACAGCUUGCUCCAUCGCCGUCACCAGCCUCCCACACGCCUACACCGCGCGCUACGCGCUGCUCGUCCUCAUGGCGGCGGGCCUGUGGUCGGCCAACGCGCUGGCGCUGGCGUACGCGUCGUCGGCCUUUGGCGCGUGCAUGGCGUCGCGCGAGGCGCGCGGCGUGGCGCUGGCGCUGGUCAACGCGCUGGGCAACCUGGCGCAGAUAUACGGCGCGUAUCUGUUCCCCGCGGGCGAUGAGGCGGGCGGGUAUGCGAUGGGGUUUGGGGUCAUCAGUGCCAUGUGUGGGGUUGGGGUUGGGGUGUAUGCGGCGGCGCAUGUGGUGGUGAAGUGA